CGUCGCUGCCGGCGCACGGUUGGCGGGUGUCGCUCUUUUUUGACUUUUCAUUAACAUAUAUCGAUUUUGUAGAUCAGUGGUGCGCGAGUGGUGUGGCAGUGAAAAGUGGUGCAGUGAAUUUGGAAAGUUUGCUUUCCUGCGGGCAAAACCGAAACACGGCAGCGAGCACUGUUUCUACUCAAGUGUAAUGUCAAAAUCGAAGGAAAACGGCCACGCCUUUCACAAUGGGACAGCCAACGGGCACACCGCCGUACGGUCCCGGUUUGCGGAACAUCAGCAAACGAACGGGACGAUCCCGAAUGGUUUUAGCAAACAUCAGCAUUUUGAAGGGACUGCCAGAAAUGACGACUGGGGUAGAGAGUCCAAAAGCAAAUCAUCGUACGAGCAGGUGCCACUUCACACUGCCUGUUUCACCUACCUGGGUUUUUAUCUGCUCAUGAUACUUGGUUACAUAAAUCAGUUCUUCUUCACCCCGAAGGUGGCCACCGAAAAGCAUCGAGAUGGCUACGUACCACUGUACGAUGCUUUUGAGAAGUUCUACCUGAGGUACGUGUACAGGCGGGUGAAGGAUUGCUGGAACAGGCCCAUAUGCAGUGUACCGGGCGCGGAGGUGACUCUGAAGGAUAGAGUGACCAAAGAUUAUGGGUGGUCUUUCGAGUUCACAGGCACUGAAACCAGAUGUCUGAAUUUGGGUUCGUACAACUAUUUGGGGUUUGCCCAGAAUGAAGGACCGUGCGCGGAUGAGGCAGAAGCAUCCAUAAAAACUUACGGAUUGGCAGCGUGCAGUUCGCGGCGGGAAAUCGGUACCAACCCGCUGCACAUAGAACUGGAACAGCUGACGGCCAAGUUUCUCGGCGUCGAAGAUGCCAUCGUGUUCGGCAUGGGAUUCGCCACCAACUCGCUCAACAUUCCGACUCUGAUCUCGCCCGGCUGCCUGGUGGUCAGCGAUGAGAAAAACCAUGCCUCAAUUAUUCUAGGUCUGCGGUUGUCCGGGGCCGUCAUAAAAGUGUUCAACCAUAACAGUAUGCCGGAUUUGGAGCGGGUCCUGGCGAAUUCGAUUGCCCAGGGACAACCGAAAACGGGCGAACCCUGGAAGAAGAUUCUGAUCAUCGUCGAGGGAGUUUUCAGUAUGGAGGGAUCGAUCGUCAAAUUGCCGGAAAUCGUGGCACUGAAGAAAAAGUACAAAGCCUACAUCUAUCUGGAUGAGGCACACAGUAUUGGGGCCACGGGGCCAACGGGACGUGGUGUUCUUGAUUUAUACGGUGUCGAUCCGAACGAUGUCGAUAUUUUGAUGGGAACUUUCACCAAAAGUUUCGGAUCUGCGGGAGGUUACAUCGCGGGGAAUAAGAAACUGAUCAACUUUCUACGGGUAAACAGCCACGCCCACUGCUACGCCAGUUCGAUGUCUCCGCCGGUGGCGCAGCAGAUUCUCACCUCCAUGAAAAUAAUCAUGGGUUUGGACGGCAGCAACGAGGGUAGAAAUCGUAUUAAUCAGCUUGCGAGGAAUACCAGAUAUUUCAGAAAGCGUCUCGCUCAGAUCGGUGUCAUCACCUACGGUCAUGAGGACUCCCCGGUUGUGCCGAUGUUGGUGUACCUGUUUUCUAAAAUUGGGGCAGUGGUUCGAACACUGACUGCACGAAACAUUGCCGUCGUCGGGGUCGGAUUCCCUGCCACGCCCAUAAUGGAGGGUCGCAUUCGGUUUUGCCUGUCCGCUUCGCACACCAAAGAGCAGCUGGAUUACGCACUGUCCGUAAUCGAUGAGAUCAGUGGAACGCUCGGACUCAAAUAUUCGCGCAAACCACGGGAUCCUAGCCCGAUAGAGUACUAGUUCAGUAAAAAAAUAGUGCAUGCAUUCAAACAAAAAAAAGGGUAACCGAAAACAAUACCACGCAUCCCUACACUUAUUAAAUAGGAUAGAGCAAAAGUAUGCCUUAUUAAAAAUAGUAGCAAUCGGACAAAAUGCACUCAAGCACAGAAACAAACACACGCAGACAAAUAGACACAGGUCGACUUUGUUGUCGCAUUUAUUCGAUAGGAUGCUUUCUUUGUGUAUUAUUAUUUAUGAAGUUUGUUUAGUAUUGAGGUACGAUUUUGUUGAAAAGUUAUUUCUACGUUACAAUCGAAAAGGAUUUAUUGUAAAACAAAGUUGAAACUCUGAAACAUUAUUAAAAUGCUUUCCGCUUAAUAAGA